GGGACGGGAAGAGAGAUGCCUGCAAUCCUCUCGCUCCCGGAACCUGCUUUUUCUCACCAACUCGCUUCUAGGAGAACAAGACUCCCACCCCUCCUCCUUGUUUCCAGGUCAAACGCCUAUAUAUCCCCACCUCCCAGGCUCCCACCACCCAAGAGGAGGAAACUCUCGAGAAAGGAGGAGCUUAAUUAACCAUAGAGCCCAUGGGAAGGUCACCGUGCUGCGAGAAGGCUCACACCAACAAGGGAGCAUGGACCAAGGAGGAAGAUGACCGUCUGAUCGCCUACAUCCGGGCUCACGGCGAGGGAUGCUGGCGCUCUCUCCCCAAGGCUGCCGGCUUGCUUCGUUGCGGCAAGAGCUGCCGCCUCCGCUGGAUAAACUACCUGCGCCCCGAUCUCAAGCGUGGUAACUUCACCGAGGAAGAGGACGAACUCAUCAUCAAGCUCCAUAGCCUCCUCGGCAACAAAUGGUCUCUUAUAGCAGGAAGGUUGCCAGGGAGGACGGAUAACGAGAUAAAGAACUACUGGAACACACACAUCAGAAGGAAGCUGGUGAAUCGGGGAAUUGACCCCGCCACGCACCGUCCGAUCCAUGCACCUCCGUCGGACUUCAUUAUCAGUUUUGCUGAGAGAGAGGAGAAGGAUGGGGGAAUUCUUCAGCGCGAGGAAGAGAAGGCUAGCAGCAGCAGCGAGGACUCAUCAUCAUGGCAGCGAUACAAGCGCCCGGAUCUAAAUUUAGAGCUGUCUAUAAGCCCUCCCUUCCAACAAAAUAAAUCAGUGCAACCCAUCAAGGAGGAGAUGAGACUUUGUCUCUCCUGCAGCUUGGGGCUGCAGAAGAGCCAGGAGUGCAAGUGUAACGGCAUUCUUGAGCUCCGAACUGGAGUCUUGGAUUAUAGAGCCGUUGAGAUGAAAUGAAAUGAAGUGCUUAAUUAUUAGUCUCCUAGCCUUGUUGAGAUGGAGCAUUCAAAAGGGAAAAAAAAAAGGAUUAUAUGAUAAAUCCUGCUUUUCUCUUCUUUCUGUAGAAUUGUUGGAACAGAAUACUGCACUUUUAUUGUUUAGCUGUGAUCUUUUUAUAAAAGAAAGACAUGGAUUUCUAUCAA